GGACUUAUAUGUGUGUGUAUAUAUCACAUAUAUACAUACACGCUCGCUCUCCCGCCUCCCCUGCCCACCUCCGGAGUGCUCUUUGCCUGGGGCGUAGAACGCAGUGCUGCCGCCGCUGGGGCACACGGAGCCCAGAGAGAGCGCGCGCCGACUGACUGGCUGCCCCGAGGAAUGCGCGGUAUGCAGGAGCCAGAAGCAACCAUUCGACGGGACUGGGAGGGGGGAAGGGAGCGGCCGACGCCUGCUGCAGACGCAGAACCCCGCACACUUGGGGGAGCAGCCCGCCCCUCCGGGAACAAAGGCAAGCGGCGCCAACAGCUCAAGAUUUUACCGUCGCCGCCGCAGCCUGGAGGCGUGUAGACGGUACAGUGCCUACGCUGGGCUGUUCCUCUUCCCCCCCUCCGCCCGCUUGCGCGCCCUCUGUGUGUGUUUCUCUCUCUGGGCGGUGGUUGCGGCCGAUAGUAGGUGGGACCGACUCUGUUGCCGGAGAAGUCGCCACUACCAACGCGGACAGUAGACAGAUCAAUGAAGUGACUUUUAUGGCAGUCUGGGUGGCUAGUUGUAUAGGUUCAGGUCGGUUUUGCUGCCGCGGGUGAUCCCAAGAGAAGGGAAGGAGGACGACAGAAGCGUUGCAUGAGAGACUCAGCCAAGGGAGAAGGGGGUGGAGGCGGAGGAAGAGGCAUCGAGCCAGCCAGCGGCAAGAGAAGAGGAGCCCAGUCCCAGCAGCCGGGGAGGGAGAGGCAGUUUCCAGUAGCCGCCUCCCUGAAUCGCGCGCCAGCCAAGUUGCCUCAAAAGUUGCUUCCCGUCCGGAGGGGAAGCUCGGGCUUAGGCUGGGCAAUGAUUUUCCCCAAUAGCAGCAGUAACUCUGCGGGCACUGGCAGGCCUCCUUACAGAAAGCAGCAGCCCAUUGUGCCUGCCCAUCCAAUGGCUCCUCCUAGCCCCAGCAUCACCAGCAGCAAUAACAACAGCAGCAGUAGUAGCAACUCAGGAUGGGAUCAAUUAAGUAAAACAAACCUUUAUAUCAGAGGGCUGCCUCCAAAUACCACUGACCAGGACUUAGUAAAACUAUGCCAACCAUAUGGGAAAAUUGUGUCCACGAAAGCUAUUUUGGAUAAAACGACAAACAAAUGCAAAGGUUAUGGUUUUGUAGACUUUGACAGUCCAGCUGCAGCUCAAAAAGCAGUAUCUGCUCUGAAGGCCACUGGAGUCCAAGCACAGAUGGCAAAGCAACAAGAGCAGGACCCAACUAAUCUAUAUAUUUCCAAUUUGCCACUUUCAAUGGAUGAGCAAGAGCUAGAGAAUAUGCUGAAACCCUUUGGACAAGUUAUCUCUACAAGAAUACUUCGUGAUUCUAAUGGCACAAGUCGUGGGGUUGGUUUUGCAAGGAUGGAAUCAACAGAAAAAUGUGAAGCAGUGAUUGCUCAUUUUAAUGGAAAAUUCAUUAAAACACCAUCAGGAGUUUCUGCUCCUGCAGAACCUUUGUUGUGCAAGUUUGCAGACGGAGGACAAAAAAAGAGACAGAAUCAAAACAAAUAUAUACAGAAUGGAAGAGCGUGGCACCGAGAAGGCGAGGUGAGACUUGCUGGAAUGACACUUACUUAUGAUCCAACUACAGCUGCUUUACAAAAUGGGUUUUAUCCUUCACCGUACAGUAUUGCAACAAACAGAAUGAUCACUCAGACAUCUAUUACGCCAUAUAUUGCUUCUCCAGUUUCUACAUACCAGGUGCAGAGCCCUUCAUGGAUGCAGCCACAACCAUAUAUAAUGCAGCAUCCUGGUGCUGUAUUAACUCCUUCUAUGGACCAUACCAUGUCAUUGCAGCCUGCAUCAAUGAUAAGUCCACUGACACAGCAGAUGAGUCACCUUUCAUUGGGCAGUACUGGAACAUACAUGCCUGCCACAACAGCUAUGCAAGGAGCCUAUAUACCCCAGUAUACACAUGUUCAGACAGCAGCUGUUCCAGUUGAGGAGGCCAGUGGUCAACAGCAAGUUACAGUAGAGACAUCCAGUGAUCAUUCGCCAUAUACUUAUCAGCAAAGCAAGUAAUUGUGAGAAAUGUGUUGUUAACCUUGCCUAGAGAAGGAUGCAAAGGCUGAAACAAUCAUGGAUUUUACUGAUCAAUUGUGCUUUAGAAAUUAUUGACAGUUUUGCACAGGUUCUUGAAAACGUUAUUUAUAAUGAAAUCAACUGAAACUAUUUUUGCUAUAAGUUCUAUAAGGUGCAUAAAGAAAAAGAAAAAUCCUUAAAUUCAUCCUAGUAGCUGCGUUCCCCCCUAGAACAGGUUUAUUUUAGUAUGAAAUUUUUUAUCAAGUGUUAUGACACAAAAAAAAUAUAAAUAAAUUUUAAAAAUCUGGCCAUGCACAGAUUGCAAUGGAGACAUGUCCAUGUGCAUGACAGAAUCAGUCUCUUGGUUUAUGUUUAUUUUUGUUUUAUUGUAUAAGGUUUUUUUUGAAGUUUAAACUAGUAAAACAUCCAUGCCGAUGUUCUGUGCUUGCCGUGUGAGUGUUGCUGUAGUGCAGUGUUGCAGUUGUAGUGUCUAUUUUCAUAGCUUUCUGUUUUUUUUUCUUUUAAGGUAGUGUGACUUGUCUUAUCCUUUUUCUAUCAAUUCCAAUUUGCCUUAACUCUUUUAAUGCUGUAGCUGUUUCAGUAUGUAGUCCAAACUAAUGGUGUAGAAUGCUUUUGACCAAAUGAGCUGGUCUAUUAUGCCUUGUAAAACAGCAGGAUAGGGCUUUUAACAGGUAGUCAAAAUUGCUGAAAAAAUUGGCUUUUUAAAAAUGUGUAGUAGGUGUUUUUAAUGAUUUUUUUCUCACAUAAUAAUGUAAGGUUGUGAAAUGCAAGAUUGGGGAUAGGGAAAUGUUUUGUGUGUGAAACACAUUUUCUGACUGGGGAAAUUUUAAUAGGAUAAAUUGUUUGUAAGGCCUUAUGCCGAUUAGUUUUCCUCUGCUAGUUAGGAACUCUGCUGUAUGAUGCAAUGUAAAAAAAAAAACUUUUUGCCUUUUUCCAGAAGCUAAUUGAUGUUCUAGUUUUAGGGUGGGGGUGUUUUGGGGGUGGGAAAUCCACAGAAUGUUUCUGUCCUUCUUUUCUAGUAAUGAUAGUGCUUUAGAAUGAUGCUGUGCAGAAAAGCAGCAAAUAGAAGCAUUUGCUUUUACAGCAAAGGCAAAAGCUAAAAGACUUUCCUUUUUCAAAACAUAAGCUGAGAUGUAAGUAGAAAACAUACUAGAUUGGGUACUAGCUCUCUAUAUUAGGUAAAUAAAGACUUGGCACUUUUUAAAGGUAACUUUACCAAAGAACAAAGAGCCAGUAACCAAUAAUCCUGAUUUGUCUCAGCAGUUACGUCUUCUGUACUCUUUUAAUUUUUUUUGCCGGACCAGUUUGCGGUUAGAAGAAUGUGCCUUUUUUUGUACAUUUGCAUUUAGGUUUUUAU